AUGCUCUACGCCGCUUCUCCCACACCGGUGCGGCGGCCGAGGAUAGCCGAGUCACGCCUGACGCCCACCGUCGCGCCGUCGUGUGGUGGCCCACCCGGCGACUCGCUAGGCAGGCCAGCCCCACGUGAGGUGGGAAGCUCCUUCGAGCCGCAUAAGAAGGCCCACCGCAGCCUUCCUCGCCGAUGUGUGUCGCCGGACUUGUCUACGCGAGAUGUUCUGACGGCCGUGCACGACCGUCUGGAGCACACCGCCAAGUUUAUCUAUCCUGGCUCCGUCGUCGUGUACGAGUUCCUUAACGAGGCGCACGAGUGGCACUGGGCGUUGGGAACGGUCCAACAAUCACACGCACACACUGUCACACUGGAGGGGUGGAGCUGCCAGCAAGGCUGUGCGAACGAUGGUGUGAUGCAGGCAAUGAGAAAGGAGGAGAAUCGUCUUCAGCAAGAGCUAGAGGAUCACCAGACAGCCAUCCUCGCCUUGCGGGCUGAGCUUGGCUCUGUGCGCACAGUCAAUGAGGCUGACAUGAACGCUGCCCGCGAGGCCAUCGAGGGUUGUCGCCGUGCGUUGGAGGAAAGAGAAGGCACGCUUCAUGCCUGUCGGCAACAGGGCGUGCCACUUCGACUCGCCCACAGUGACGCGUACGGCGGGGCUGACAAGAGUGGCAGCGACGACGAUGCCACUUUUGUGGCGGUGCUGCGAGCGGCCCUGAGUGUUGUGGAGCACUACGUGCCAGCCACCCCACUUCCGUGGCCGGAGGUAUGGGCCGCCGUGAGUGAUCCGCUCUUCCUGCACCGCUGUAUCAGCUACGAUGUCGGCUACGACAUGAGCCUGCAACAGUAUGAUGAGAUCGAAGCAUGCUUCUUUGGCUCCGGCGCCAUCACAGAGGAAAAAGUCCACAGAGCCAUGGACUCGAUGGAGCAGCGGAUGACCGAUGCGGCCGAAUUUCUCUGCGCUAUCGCAAACUGGCUCUUCACGCAGCUCGCUGCCUUUAAGGUGUAUCAGCAGUGUGCCAGCACGCAAUCUCACGCUGACAUGCUCCAGCAGCAGCUCACCCAUCACGUGAAUACGCUCAAGGCGGCGGCUAGAAGAUUGCAUCAAGUGCAAGCACAGCUGCGUGUGUUUGGUGGUUCCCCGGGAAACUCGAGCAGUUCCACAAGCUCUGCUGUGCAGCUCACGUUUACUCCUGCAAAAGGGAUUACCACGGACGUGCUUCGCUGUGCCAUCAUUUGUCCAGUACCAUCACACUCGCGGCGACACCCAGGACCGCGAGUAACGGCAGCACAGUCGGUAGUAGCGUCUGGCGAAUCGCAUUCACCAUCCUCGUCGAGCAAGAGCGCUAUGAUGUUGGCCAACACAGCUUCGUCGUCAUGGCAUCCGUCUUGGAGUCCCGAUAUGGUAGGCGAUCAUAAUCGCAUCGGCAGCGCGACUGACCCCGCCGGCUCCGCAAGGUCACCGGGCAACCCCAAGGAAGGGGUGCAGCCGUCGCCUUGCCCCCACCUUGCUUCCGUCAUUCCUGCUCCAAACGAGGAGAUAGGGGUUGUCUUGCUGGGCCAGGAGGAACUCGACGAGAUAGCUGCGCGUGCGCUGCACACUCGGCCUGAGCUAUGUCAAGCUGUAGCCGAUCUCCUGCAAGAGUGUGCUAAUCAUCAGCGGGAUGCACACCGCGCACAUGCAUUGGUCUCCGAACGCGCUAACCGGCGCCGAGGACGGAGCGGCGCGUCAAAGUCGCAAGGUGAUGGCUGCCCACCAGCUUCGGCUUGUGCCGCGGCCCCCUUCGCUUCCCCGACCUUCUUGUCCGCUGCCGCCUUCACCGAUUCUUCAUCUUCCCCGACGCCGCCGACCUCUAAUGGCCGGGCUGUCGCAGCGGCACACAACACCCCAAGUGUAUUGUCUGGACCUAGAUCAAAAGCCGCAGCGUCCCAGAGCGACGAGGACGAGGAGUACGAUGAAGAGGCCGACGCAUGCGCCUUUCAAGCAGCUUUGUUGGGCCUUCAAAAAAAGCUACAGGAGGUACGUCGCGAGAAUGAGCGCCUACAACGGAUGCUAGUACGCGAGACGGAUCGACACAAGUCGGUAGAGGCUGAGCUGCAGAGGCAACUACGGGACGCCCGCGCCGGUCAUGAAGACGCACAAAGUCGGCUGGCCAGUGCGACGAUACGCGCUGAGGCUCUGCGGGUUGAGUGCGAAAGCCUUGAUCGCGAUAAGGAUAACGCAACGAGCCGCAUCAUCGCUUUGGAGGGGGAGAUACGCGCUCUUGAGUCAAAACAUUGUAGCGGAAGAUCUGCUGCCCCCACUUCACUACCUGCGACCCAGAUCAAGGGCGAUCAAGGUUCCGUGAAGGCUGACAAUGGCGUUGCCCAACGAGAAGCCGAACCGGCAUGGCUAUGCAGAAACAACGAGCGAUGGAUGCCACAGCAUUUGCAGCCUUCUGAUGACACUGACGGGGUCUCGACCACUCAUCACCACAAGCGCUUCUCUGGUGCCGGCUGGUAUGAUGUACUGCGACAGCAUCCUGCUGAGCUUCACCGUGCUGCAGCGGCCGAUGCAGCGGCAGUGUGUCAUGUAGUCGUCGCAGCUGUUACCGGGGUGCGCUUUUCAGCGGACGGGAGUAGAGUCGAGUUUUAUGUGGAUCAUCCUAGUCACGUGACCAAGCGCCAACUUGAUAAUCGAAUCCGUGACACAACCUUCUACGAAUGCGAGUACAUGCGCCGCCAUAGUUUCAGCCCAAAGACCGGCGAGGACCUUCUUGCGCAGCAGCUCGCAGAGAGCAUAGCUACCAUCGCGAACCUCGAAAACCGACUUGCUCACCUGCCACCAACGACUCCACCACUUCGACCUUCACUGACACCAAGCAGUCGUCAGGAAGACAUCCUCAACGAGCAAGAGCAGUUACUCAGAGCUGAGGAGGCCCCCGAGCCCCCGCUUUACGGUGAGCGACUGACGAAGAGCAGAACUGGUGCUGUGGUUGUAACCUUGCAUUCCGUACGGUUGCCGGGAGACGACUGGGGCGUAGUACUGCAGAGCUACCCUGAGAUGCUACGUGAGGCAUUCAUUGCGGAUGUAUGUGGCGCAUGCAAUGCGACUCUAACAGACGUGAAGCAUGUCAGGUUUUCCAUUGGCAGCCUCCUAGCCACGGUGCGGGUGCAGCACGACGCCAACGUAACCCGAAAAGAAAUCGACCGACGCUUGCACGACUACGACUAUCCAUUAACAACAAAGUUGUACAGGUCGCGUCACCUACCCCAACACGGGGCUGAUGCGGCGCUUGUGACACACACGAUACAGAAUAACGAGACUACUGCACUGCGUGAGCAGCUGCGGGAGGCGGAGGCACAGCAGGCCGACAUGGCCGCCGAGAUUGAGCAUCUAAGGGAGGAACUGCGAGGUGCUGUAACAGAAGGUGCUACGAAUAGAGAUCGGUGCGUAGCGCUGGAGAAGGAAGCAGAGCAGAGCUCAAAGUGCAUCGAGGAGCUGAGGCAGCAGUUGGCAGCUGCACAGCUUGGCCGGGAGGCAGUGGACGCCGAGGUUGCUGAGCUUGAGGAGCAGCUUCGCGAUAUGGAGCGCACUCACGCAAGAAAUGCUGCCGAGCAGGAGUCGGCACUGGGCGACCUUGCUAUUAGCCAAGCUGCGAAUGAUGCCACAAUAGAUGACCUGCGUGGGCAGCUGCGGGAGUCGGAGGCACAGCAGGCCGACAUGGCCGCCGAGGUGACGGACCUGCGUGAGCAGCUGCGGGAGGCGGAAGAGCGCGCUAAGGAGUCGGAGGCACAGCAGGCCGACAUGGCCGCCGAGGUGACGGACCUGCGUGGGCAGCUGCGGGAGGCGGAAGAGCACGCUAAGGAGUCGGAGGCACAGCAGGCCGACAUGGCCGCCGAGGUGACGGACCUGCGUGGGCAGCUGCGGGAGGCGGAGGCACAGCAGGCCGACAUGGCCGUCGACAUUGAGCAUCUAAGGGAGGAACUGCGAGGUGCUGUAACAGAAGGUGCUACGAAUAGAGAUCGGUGCGUAGCGUUGGAGAAGGAAGCAGAGCAGAGCUCAAAGUGCAUCGAGGAGCUGAGGCAGCAGUUGGCAGCUGCACAGCUUGGCCGGGAGGCAGUGGACGCCGAGGUUGCUGAGCUUGAGGAGCAGCUUCGCGAUAUGGAGCGCACUCACGCAAGAAAUGCUGCCGAGCAGGAGUCGGCACUUGGCGACCUUGCUAUUAGCCAAGCUGCGAAUGAUGCCACAAUAGAUGACCUGCGUGAGCAGCUGCGGCAGGCGGAGGCGCAGCAGGCCGACAUGGUCGCCGAGGUGACGGACCUGCGUGGGCAGCUGCGGGAGUCGGAGGCGCAGCAGGCCGACAUGGCCGCCGAGGUGACGGACCUGCGUGAGCAGCUGCGGGAGUCGGAGGCACAGCAGGCCGACUUGGUCGCCGAGGUGACGGACCUGCGUGGGCAGCUGCGGGACUCGGAGGCACAGCAGGCCGACAUGGCCGCCGAGGUGACGGACCUGCGUGAGCAGCUGCGGGACUCGGAGGCACAGCAGGCCGACAUGGCCGCCGAGGUGACGGACCUGCGUGGGCAGCUGCGGGAGGCGGAGGCGCAGCAGGCCGACAUGGCCGCCGAGGUGACGGACCUGCGUGAGCAGCUGCGGGACUCGGAGGCACAGCAGGCCGAUAUGGCCGCCGAGGUGACGGACCUGCGUGGGCAGCUGCGGGAGGCGGAGGCACAGCAGGCCGACAUGGCCGUCGACAUUGAGCAUCUAAGGGAGGAACUGCGAGGUGCUGUAACAGAAGGUGCUACGAAUAGCGAUAGGUGCGUAGCGCUGGAGAAGGAAGCAGAGCAGAGCUCAAAGUGUAUCGAGGAGCUGAGGCAGCAGUUGGCAGCUGCACAGCUUGGCCGGGAGGCAGUGGACGCCGAGGUUGCUGAGCUUGAGGAGCAGCUUCGCGAUAUGGAGCGCACUCACGCAAGAAAUGCUGCCGAGCAGGAGUCGGCACUUGGCGACCUUGCUAUUAGCCAAGCUGCGAAUGAUGCCACAAUAGAUGACCUGCGUGAGCAGCUGCGGCAGGCGGAGGCGCAGCAGGCCGACAUGGUCGCCGAGGUGACGGACCUGCGUGGGCAGCUGCGGGAGUCGGAGGCGCAGCAGGCCGACAUGGCCGCCGAGGUGACGGACCUGCGUGAGCAGCUGCGGGAGUCGGAGGCACAGCAGGCCGACUUGGUCGCCGAGGUGACGGACCUGCGUGGGCAGCUGCGGGACUCGGAGGCACAGCAGGCCGACAUGGCCGCCGAGGUGACGGACCUGCGUGAGCAGCUGCGGGACUCGGAGGCACAGCAGGCCGACAUGGCCGCCGAGGUGACGGACCUGCGUGGGCAGCUGCGGGAGGCGGAGGCGCAGCAGGCCGACAUGGCCGCCGAGGUGACGGACCUGCGUGAGCAGCUGCGGGAGUCGGAGGCGCAGCAGGCCGACAUGGCCGCCGAGGUGACGGACCUGCGUGAGCAGCUGCGGGAGUCGGAGGCACAGCAGGCCGACAUGGCCGCCGAGGUGACGGACCUGCGUGAGCAGCUGCGGGAGUCGGAGGCGCAGCGGGCCGACGUGGCCGCCGAGGUGACGGACCUGCGUGGGCAGCUGCGGGAGGCGGAGGCACAGCAGGCCGACAUGGCCGUCGACAUUGAGCAUCUAAGGGAGGAACUGCGAGGUGCUGUAACAGAAGGUGCUACGAAUAGAGAUCGGUGCGUAGCGUUGGAGAAGGAAGCAGAGCAGAGCUCAAAGUGCAUCGAGGAGCUGAGGCAGCAGUUGGCAGCUGCACAGCUUGGCCGGGAGGCAGUGGACGCCGAGGUUGCUGAGCUUGAGGAGCAGCUUCGCGAUAUGGAGCGCACUCACGCAAGAAAUGCUGCCGAGCAGGAGUCGGCACUGGGCGACCUUGCUAUUAGCCAAGCUGCGAAUGAUGCCACAAUAGAUGACCUGCGUGGGCAGCUGCGGGAGGCGGAGGCGCAGCAGGCCGACAUGGCCGCCGAGGUGACGGACCUGCGUGAGCAGCUGCGGGACUCGGAGGCACAGCAGGCCGACAUGGCCGCCGAGGUGACGGACCUGCGUGAGCAGCUGCGGGACUCGGAGGCACAGCAGGCCGACAUGGCCGCCGAGGUGACGGACCUGCGUGGGCAGCUGCGGGAGGCGGAGGCGCAGCAGGCCGACAUGGCCGCCGAGGUGACGGACCUGCGUGAGCAGCUGCGGGACUCGGAGGCGCAGCAGGCCGACAUGGCCGCCGAGGUGACGGACCUGCGUGGGCAGCUGCGGGAGGCGGAAGAGCGCGCUAAGGAGUCGGAGGCACAGCAGGCCGAUAUGGCCGCCGAGGUGACGGACCUGCGUGAGCAGCUGCGGGAGGCGGAGGCGCAGCAGGCCGACGUGGCCGCCGAGGUGACGGACCUGCGUGAGCAGCUGCGGGAGGCGGAGGCGCAGCAGGCCGACAUGGCCGCCGAGGUGACGGACCUGCGUGGGCAGCUGCGGGAGGCGGAGGCGCAGCCAGCCGACAUGGCCGCCGAGGUGACGGACCUGCGUGAGCAGCUGCGGGAGGCGGAGGCGCAGCAGGCCGACAUGGCCGCCGAGGUGACGGACCUGCGUGAGCAGCUGCGGGACUCGGAGGCACAGCAGGCCGACAUGGCCGCCGAGGUGACGGACCUGCGUGAGCAGCUGCGGGAGGCGGAGGCGCAGCAGGCCGACAUGGCCGCCGAGGUGACGGACCUGCGUGGGCAGUUGCGGGAGGCGGAAGAGCACGCGAAGGAGUCGGAGGCGCAGCAGGCCGAUAUGGCCGCCGAGGUGACGGACCUGCGUGAGCAGUUGCGGGAGGCGGAAGAGCACGCGAACGAGUCGGAGGCACAGCAGGCCGACAUGGCCGCCGAGGUGACGGACCUGCGUGAGCAGCUGCGGGAGGCGGAGGCGCAGCAGGCCGACAUGGCCGCCGAGGUGACGGACCUGCGUGAGCAGCUGCGGGAGGCGGAGGCGCAGCAGGCCGACAUGGCCGCCGAGGUGACGGACCUGCGUGGGCAGUUGCGGGAGGCGGAAGAGCACGCGAAGGAGUCGGAGGCACAGCAGGCCGAUAUGGCCGCCGAGGUGACGGACCUGCGUGAGCAGCUGCGGGAGGCGGAAGAGCACGCGAAGGAGUCGGAGGCGCAGCAGGCCGAUAUGGCCGCCGAGGUGACGGACCUGCGUGAGCAGUUGCGGGAGGCGGAAGAGCACGCGAAGGAGUCGGAGGCACAGCAGGCCGACAUGGCCGCCGAGGUGACGGACCUGCGUGGGCAGCUGCGGGAGGCGGAGGCACAGCAGGCCGACAUGGCCGUCGACAUUGAGCAUCUAAGGGAGGAACUGCGAGGUGCUGUAACAGAAGGUGCUACGAAUAGCGAUAGGUGCGUAGCGCUGGAGAAGGAAGCAGAGCAGAGCUCAAAGUGUAUCGAGGAGCUGAGGCAGCAGUUGGCAGCUGCACAGCUUGGCCGGGAGGCAGUGGACGCCGAGGUUGCUGAGCUUGAGGAGCAGCUUCGCGAUAUGGAGCGCACUCACGCAAGAAAUGCUGCCGAGCAGGAGUCGGCACUGGGCGACCUUGCUAUUAGCAAGCUGAGAAUGAUGCCACAAUAGGACCUGCGUGAGCAGCUGCGGGAGGCGGAAGAGCGCGCUAAGGAGUCGGAGGCGCAGCAGGCCGACAUGGCCGCCGAGGUGACGGACCUGCGUGGGCAGCUGCGGGAGGCGGAAGAGCACGCGAAGGAGUCGGAGGCACAGCAGGCGGACAUGGCCGCCGAGGUGACGGACCUGCGUGAGCAGCUGCGGGAGGCGGAAGAGCGCGCUAAGGAGUCGGAGGCGCAGCAGGCCGACAUGGCCGCCGAGGUGACGGACCUGCGUGGGCAGCUGCGGGAGGCGGAAGAGCGCGCUAAGGAGUCGGAGGCGCAGCAGGCCGACAUGGCCGCCGAGGUGACGGACCUGCGUGGGCAGCUGCGGGAGGCGGAAGAGCGCGCGAAGGAGUCGGAGGCACAGCAGGCCGACAUGGCCGCCGAGGUGACGGACCUGCGUGAGCAGCUGCGGGAGGCGGAAGAGCGCGCUAAGGAGUCGGAGGCGCAGCAGGCCGACAUGGCCGCCGAGGUGACGGACCUGCGUGGGCAGCUGCGGGAGGCGGAAGAGCACGCGAAGGAGUCGGAGGCACAGCAGGCGGACAUGGCCGCCGAGGUGACGGACCUGCGUGGGCAGCUGCGGGAGGCGGAAGAGCGCGCUAAGGAGUCGGAGGCGCAGCAGGCCGACAUGGCCGCCGAGGUGACGGACCUGCGUGGGCAGCUGCGGGAGGCGGAAGAGCGCGCGAAGGAGUCGGAGGCACAGCAGGCGGACAUGGCCGCCGAGGUGACGGACCUGCGUGGGCAGCUGCGGGAGGCGGAAGAGCGCGCGAAGGAGUCGGAGGCGCAGCAGGCCGACAUGGCCGCCGAGGUGACGGACCUGCGUGGGCAGCUGCGGGAGGCGGAAGAGCACGCGAAGGAGUCGGAGGCACAGCAGGCGGACAUGGCCGCCGAGGUGACGGACCUGCGUGGGCAGCUGCGGGAGGCGGAAGAGCGCGCGAACGAGUCGGAGGCCCAGCAGGCGGACAUGGCCGCCGAGGUGACGGACCUGCGUGGGCAGCUGCGGGAGUCGGAGGCGCAGCAGGCCGACAUGGCCGCCGAGGUGACGGACCUGCGUGGGCAGCUGCGGGAGGCGGAAGAGCGCGCGAAGGAGUCGGAGGCGCAGCAGGCGGACAUGGCCGCCGAGGUGACGGACCUGCGUGGGCAGCUGCGGGAGGCGGAAGAGCACGCGAAGGAGUCGGAGGCACAGCAGGCGGACAUGGCCGCCGAGGUGACGGACCUGCGUGGGCAGCUGCGGGAGGCGGAAGAGCGCGCUAAGGAGUCGGAGGCGCAGCAGGCCGACAUGGCCGCCGAGGUGACGGACCUGCGUGGGCAGCUGCGGGAGGCGGAGACACAGCAGGCCGACAUGUCCGCCGAGAUUGAGCAUCUAAGGGAGGAACUGCGAGGUGCUGUAACAGAAGGUGCUACGAAUAGCGAUCGGUGCGUAGCGCUGGAGAAGGAAGCAGAGCAGAGCUCAAAGUGUAUCGAGGAGCUGAGACAGCAGUUGGCCGAAGCACAGCUUGGCCGGGAGGCAGUGGACGCCGAGGUUGCUGAGCUUGAGGAGCAGCUUCGCGAUAUGGAGCGCACUCACGCAGAAAUGCUGCCGAGCAGGAGUGCACUGGGCGACCUUGCUAUUAGCCAAGCUGCGAAUGAUGCCACAAUAGAUGACCUGCGUGGGCAGCUGCGGGAGGCGGAGGCACAGCAGGCCGAUAUGGCCGCCGAGGUGACGGACCUGCGUGAGCAGCUGCGGGAGGCGGAAGAGCGCGCUAAGGAGUCGGAGGCACAGCAGGCCGACAUGGCCGCCGAGGUGACGGACCUGCGUGAGCAGCUGCGGGAGUUGGAGGAGGAGGUAUCGAAGGUGCGUGGUAUGUCUGAAGGGGUGAGUGAAGAAAGUGUUAGGGUUGAG